AUGGUCUUAAUGGACACAAAACUCACAUUAUCUGAAAUGGAAGAAGGUGAGAUUGUUGAUGAAUCUGGAACCUUUGACAGUCAGGAUAAAAGUAAUUAUAAUGACGAAAAGAGUAGAGAAGAUCGUAAGCAUCGCCGUCACUCAAGCAGGCACUCACAUCACCACCACCACCACCACCACCAUGAUGAUCGUGAACGUAGUAGUCAUCGUAGCCAUCAUCGGCAUCAUGAUUUAGAUCGAAAAAAUGGAAGUGAAGGAGUAGAAAAAAGUCGUAAGGACGGUUUAGGUAACCACUUAAACUCGACCGUCAAUAUGAUCGUCGAUGAUGACGAAAAUCGUAGCGAUCUCUUCAUGAAUCGUAAUGAACAUUCUACUGCAUCUUCCCAUAAACAUAAACGCAAACCAAGUUAUAGAGAAAAGGAUGUGGGUUAUAGUAAUGAAAGAGGUUAUGAAAAAGAAAGGGGUCAUAAAGAAUACUCCAAAAAAAACAAUGAAGAACAUAUAAAUGGAAUAAACUCAAGAAAUGAAUUUGAUGGUUCAAUUAAUGGGUCAAAAAAUAAGGAGGGCCAAAAUUCAACAAAAUCUAAAAAUGAGUCGGUAUAUGCAGAAGUCAUUGAUGAUUUAAUAGAUAUAAGUUUAGAGAAUGAAAUAGACGAAGAAAAACUAAUAGAAGAAAGAAGAAUGCACAGGAAUGCAAUAUUACAGAAACAUAAAAAUAAAAAAAUUGAUAAUUCCACAAUUAAUCAUAACAACACCCUUUUUUCAGAUUCAAAAACAAUAGAACAGAAUGAACAUAAAUCAGAUAUACAAGAUUCUCAAUCCGCAGAUACUCCGACUGUGGUCUCUCCGGUGACACCCACGACUGAAACACCCAUAUCUUUUUCUCUAACUAAAGUUGAAGUUUCAGCCGAUGAUUAUAUUCCUGGAGAAGAUCAUCAAGGCUUCUCAGCAGCAGAUUAUGACCCAAUAAAAGACCGCAUUGCAGAUGAUGAGCGUCAGUUACAUCAUAAAUCUGCAAAAGACUUUGAAUUGCUUAAAACCAAAGAUGCUCAAGAAUCUGUUAUAAAACAAGACGGUGAUGAAAAUGAUAUGUUUGCUACAGACUAUAAAGAGACAUUCAAUAAUAGAAAUGGAAAUAAUCAAGCUAAUGCUGAAAAGUCUACUAAUGAAUUUGAUAUGUUUGCAGAUGAUGAUAUGUUUGCACCCUCUCCAGAAAAUCUAAAUCGCAAAACCUCACAACUAAUGUCAUCUGUCGUCAAGAAUGUUCCUGUUGUUAUUAAUGAACAUGCUACCGGUCUCGUUGAUAAUUAUGAUGAUGCUGAAGGAUAUUAUCGUGUUCUUUUGGGUGAAAUGCUGGAGAACCGAUAUCAUGUACACAAUAAUCUUGGUAAAGGUGUGUUUAGUUCUGUCGUUAAGGCCAAAGAUACAAAAGAAAACAUUGAUGUAGCCAUAAAAAUCAUUCGAAAUAAUGAAACAAUGUAUCGGGCUGGUUUAAAAGAAUUAAAUAUCCUCAAGAAAAUAAUGGAUGCAGAUCCAGAUCAUAAGAAACACAUAAUUCGAUUAUUUAGACAUUUUGAACAUAAAGGUCAUUUGUGUCUAGUAUUUGAAUCAUUGAGCAUGAAUUUAAGAGAAGUAUUGAAAAGGUUUGGUAAGGAUGUUGGUAUUAAUAUUAAAGCUGUACGUAUUUAUGCACAACAACUCUUUUUGUCAUUAUCUCUUUUAAAAAAGUGCAACAUCUUACAUGCUGACAUCAAACCCGACAAUAUAUUGGUGAGUGAGUCAAAAAAUACACUGAAAAUGUGUGACCUUGGUUCAGCUUCCGAUGCAUCUGAGAAUGAUAUUACACCAUACCUUGUUAGUAGAUUUUAUCGUGCUCCAGAAAUUAUCCUUGGACUUCCUUAUGAUUUUUCUCUUGAUAUGUGGUCUGUAGGAUGUACACUUUAUGAACUUUACACAGGCAAAAUACUAUUUCCUGGUCGAAGUAAUAACCAAAUGUUGAAGUUAAUGAUGGAGCUUAAAGGAAAGUUUUCAAACAAAAUACUUCGUAAGGGACAAUUUGUUGAUCAACAUUUUGACCAGGAUUUAAAUUUCUUAUAUCAUGAAACAGAUCGAAUUAGCAAUAAGGAGGUAGUAAAGCCCAUUGUCUUUACAAAACCAACCAGGGAUUUAAAGGCACGUCUUCUAUCAAAAACUUCACAUAUGGCCGAAGAAGAAACUCGCCUUUUAAAUGCAUUUGUUGACUUAUUAGAAAAAUGUUUGAAUUUAAAUCCUGAAAAGAGAUUGACAGUUAGAGAAGCAUUAAUGCAUCCAUUUGUCACUGGAAAG